AGGCCCACUGGACGCCAGCCUGCGCCAUUUAUGCAAAGGAUAACCACGUAUCCCGCUUUACACGCGACAUGCAAUUACGCAAGCAUAAAUUUGUGUACAAAUGUGCAUAACUCAUGCAUAAAUGGAAUCUUUGCAUGCCAGGAAUCGCGCGCACGAAUAUCUGCAUGUGCUAGACGCUUACGACUGCAUAACGUUGUGAUACAAGAUAGCGUAAACCAUGCAAACGUUCACGGCAGGUUUUGGGAUAAGGCAAGACGUGAUUUUCGUGCGCGAAAAUAAAGGCGCAGUUACGGCAGGAAACUAAUACAACUUUACAGCCGCGUCCACGUUCGCUCGUCCAUCUGAAUUAUUGGCGGCGGUUAGCGGCGGCGGAAGUGAGAGGUCCGGCCGGCGAAGAAUAUGUCGACCACCGGCGCUGGCGAUGACAUCCUGCCUGUACCCUCUGUGCAUAAGCCAGCAGGUACGUCAGUUUCAAUGGACAUGCAACCUGUUUUGUCUGCAAUCGCCCCAUACACAGAGGGUGUAUCUGUUACUCCUCCGGUUGCAUUGAGGGCACCUGGACAUAUCGAAGAGCACACAAAAACAGCAGACGUGGUCGGCGCAGAGAAGCACAUCCUCAUGAGACAUAUUGGGCCACAUGAACAGGACACACCUCAUAUUCUUCAAAGCCACCCGGACAAUAUUGAUAUAAGAUUGAUACCUAAAGUCGGUAUGACAUUUAGUAACGUGGAUGAGGCGUAUAAUUUUUAUAGUCAAUAUGCGUACGAGGUAGGAUUUCCGUUGAAGAAAUAUAGGGAGCGGAAGAAUUGUAAAUGGUUGAACUGUUCAAUGGAAGGAAAGAAUGCUGAAAGGGUAGCUGGAAAUCCAAGGAUACGUAACACAUGUUCGAAACGAACAUAGUGCAAGGCUGGGAUGAAACUUAAAAAAAUCUACGAUGAUGCUAAAGAGAAUGUUAUUUCUGUUCGGAUUGAUCUGGUAAACUAUGAGCAUAAUCAUGAAUUUUUGAAGAAAGAUACAGAAAAAGGGCAAUUGCAAUGCAACAAAACACAUGAUCGUGAAUAUAUGGAGUUCCUUAGUGCGAUGCAAGAAAGCAGGAUUCCACCACAUUGCAUUAUGGAUUUUGUUACAGAAAUGCAUGGUGGCCCAGAAAACGUUCCAAUAACCGUGCAAGACAUGAGUAACCUGUAA